UUAUCGUUUAUUCAUUUUUUUUUUCUACAAACAUUUAUUUGUACGCGAGGGACCGGCCCUUUGAGCCUUGUGAAUAAGUUUGAGUUCACAAGGUUCGCGAACUUCACAACACUCAAAAGGACAUGGGUAAAUAAGUGAAAAAUUCAGUUGUUUUCAGUAUGCUUUAGGGUUGUUUUGUGCAGGUUUUUGCUGCUUUGAUGGAACACAGCCGUAGAUAUCAGUUAUAAAUGCCAAAUAAACACGAAAAACACGAAAAAGCAGCCGAUCUCCUCUCACUUCACGUCCGUACGACGAGCAAAGGACCGUGAGAGACUUGACUCUAAUGUAAAUAUGCUAAUUACUUUAUUCUAAUGACCGUCCUUCUGAAGCCGUGUGAACGAGUGCUGACCGUUUCGCUUCUAAAGUCUGAGUGUCUGAAGGAAAACACCAAAUUUGCAAGAUGGCGCUGUCUUUGGCUACGCUUGUUACUCAGUUCAAAUCAGUUCUGGAAAACCAAGGAGGAACGAUCCGAAAUGUUGUGAUGGUGUUGCUCGUUUUCGGGCUACAGGCGAUUGUAUCGGGCGAAAAUCUCUUCAGCUGCCCGACCAAAGAUUACCGGGCUUACGGAGCCAUGUUCAUCUUUGUACCAGGGUUGUUACUAUUCUUGGUCGCGAUCUUCUUGAACGAAAACUUCUGGAAAAUGGUCCGUGGCUGCUGUUACCACGAAGGUCCGCGUGAUUUCAAGAAAAAAGUUGCUCCUUUUCUGUAUCCAAGAUGGGGUUGCACCAAAAAAUUAUGCGAGGUUAUUUUCUACAGCAUGAUAGCAACUUGUCUCUGGGUUUUCUGGGCCUUCCUACAUCGAGAAUAUUACACUUGCGCGGUGAUGGGAAAUAAGGCUGCCAAGCUUUUAAAUACGACGGCUCAACAAAAAGUCAAAAUUCUGGAGGAUUUUCAGAAAGCGGCAGACACCUCGCAGAUGAUCGCGUUCAUUUUACUGGCUCUGAUGCUGUUUAUACCUUUCGUCAUCUUGACAGCCAUGAGAUGCUGCUUCCAGCGCCCGGAUUCCAAGAUCCCAAGUCCGUAUCAAUACAAGAUUCUCGAGGCAGACUCUGCUGUCGAGACAUUCAAAUCCAAAAUGACCGAGCUCGCCAAAGAGCAAGGCAAGCGAAAAGCCGAGAUGUACUUUGCAGAGAAGACUCUCAGCGAGAAAAACCCAUCCGAAAUACUUGUGAAAGCGUACGAAGACCUGAUGAAAAUUGAGAAAUACCCAGAAGCAUUCCCAGAUCUCGAGGAAUACAAGUCAAUCGAGGCUAACGCGGCGGUAGCAGCCUUUAAAGCGCAAGCAGAAAAAGCGGGAAAAGAACGAGUUGCUGUCACGUUUGUCGACAAAUCUUGGACUGAUAUGGAGCAAAGGGACCCGUUUGGUGUGGUCGAAGAUGUCUAUGAUUCUAUGGUAGAUCGCUACCCCCGGUCUACAGGAGACCGAAGUCAGCCUUACAUCAAAGAGUAUCCAGGAAAACACCAUGAAAAAAAGAAAGGAUACCAAAUGGAGAUAACAGAGGAGGUGUAAUGGAGUUGACACUAGGCGAGCUACGUUGCAAGCCAUGCCAGGGCCGUAUCAGGGGGUGGGGCACUGGGGGAGACGUUCAAAUAUUUUCAAAAAGGUUGGUAUUACCCCAACCCUAAAAUUGGUAAAACCAUGAAACCCUAACCUUAUAAACAAAAAAACAAGGAAUGGCUCGCUCGCUCGCAGGUUUUAAUACCUAAUGAACACCUUGUUUAAGUUGUACUGAGUUUGUUUUGCUUUGAGCAAAUGUGAAUAGUUUUAUAGAAAAAUAAAAUUGAUACUUAGACUAUUAAUCAUUUAAGUGAUAGUAAGAGUGUGUUCUGCAUUGAUAAAAGUCAAUAGUUUAAAGGAAAUACAUAUUUAAAAGGUUUAAGAUAAAUUAUUUUGUUCAAUUUGCGGUUUCAGAAUAAAAUGCUUACAAGAACGAUGUACAAAUAAUUCGUGAGAAGGAAUGUUUUUUGUAGCCUCCUAGUAGAAAGCCUUAGAAAUAGAUAAUAAUGUGUUUGUUUUAAGGGGUUUUCAAUAGAAUAUUUACACAAGAAUGUAUUACAAUACAGACUAUCACAAUAUUUACAUAUUGUGAUUUGCAUACUGUAUAUCACUUCAUGAAAAUAAACACAUUUUUCUUCUA